UACACACUGACUAUAAAACGAUGGACGGAGACCAUAGGAUGGAGAGCCAGGCUCAGUGGGUUCUCCACGCCACAUUUCCUUGCCUCCACCGUGGCCUGUUAGGUGAAGCCUCAGAGUCAUUAAUAGGAAUUAUCUCGAGUGGGAGUAGUGAGCGUAACGAGCACACACUAGCCAGUUACCAUUAUUUUGGUGUGAAAAGCUCAGGGAACAAUCAGUAGGAUUAAUCUGCGUGCUCUUUGUAGAGUUGCAGUCUCUUGGCUCUUCCCGCUGACCGUCCCCCUUUUCUGACCCCCCCCUUUCUGACCCCCCCCUCCACAUUGCUUUUCCCGCCCUCGCGAGGGAUUGUGGGCCAGCCCCCAACGGCCGCUGAGAGGGAUCAGUCCCCAUUCCGCGCACCCACCCACGUCUUCCCGGGAGUCGAAUCUCGAGCAUGGAGGUUACUGAGACCGUUAUUUCUUCAUGGCCUGCCUAGUUUAAGCAGUAGCUGGAAAAUCCUCACAGAAAUCUUGUGAGCCAGGCAGGCAGUAUUAUUCGCACUUUACAAUUUUAGGAAACGGAAACAGAGAGACAAAGUUUGACGAAGACCCAGAGUGGAGCAGCGAUUCAGACCCGGCACAACCGACUCCGUUGACUUCCCCUAUGCUGCCCCCAACGCCACCGCCUCCCUGACUGCCCUGCCCUGCAGCGCCCGAUUCAGACUGGUUGUUAGAAAUCCACGCCAGAAUCUUUACGUGUGUCCAGAAAGGAAAGGAAUCAACAUUUCACGUCAGCCUUCCCAAGAUGGCAGCUGCUGAAGACGAGUUCCUGCCGCCGCCGCGGCUCCCCGAGCUGUUCGAUUCCAGCAAACAGCUUCUGGACGAAGUCGAAGGAGCGACUGAACCCACCGGUUCCCGAAUAGUCCAGGAAAAGGUGUUCAAGGGCCUCGACCUCCUUGAGAAGGUUGCCAAAAUGUUAUCGCAGCUUGACUUGUUCAGCCGAAAUGAAGAUUUGGAGGAGAUUACUUCCACCGACUUGAAGUACCUGAUGGUGCCAGCGUUUCAAGGAGCCCUCACCAUGAAACAAGUCAACCCCAGUAAGCGUCUAGAUCAUUUGCAGCAGGCUCGCGAACACUUUAUAAAAUAUUUAACUCAGUGCCAUUACUAUCAUGUGGCCGAGUUUGAGCUGCCCCAAACCAAGACCAACUCAGCUGAAAAUCACAGUGCUAUUACCUCCACGGCUUAUCCUAGCCUCGUUGCUAUGGCAUCUCAAAGACAGGCUAAAAUAGAGCGAUACAAGCAGAGGAAGGUGUUGGAGCAUAGGUUGUCUACAAUGAAAUCUGCUGUGGAAAGUGGUCAAGCAGAUGAUGAGCGUGUUCGUGAAUAUUAUCUUCUUCACCUUCAGAGGUGGAUUGAUAUCAGCUUAGAAGAGAUUGAGAGCAUUGAUCAGGAAAUUAAGAUCCUGGGAGAGAAAGACUCUUCAAGAGAGGCAUCCACUUCGAACUCAUCUCACCAGAAGAGGCCUCCAAUGAAACCCUUCAUUCUCACUCGGAACAUGGCGCAAGCCAAAGUAUUUGGCGUUGGCUAUCCAAGUCUGGCUUCCAUGACAGUGAGUGACUGGUAUGAUCAACAUCAGAAACAUGGAGUGUUACCAGAUCAGGGAAUAGCCAGGGCAACACCAGAAGAAUUCAGAAAAGCCACUCAGCAACAGGAAGAUCAAGAAACGGAGGAAGAGGAUGAUGAACAAACACUCCAAAGAGCUCGAGAGUGGGAUGACUGGAAGGACACCAACCCUAGGGGCUACGGCAACCGACAGAACAUGGGCUAAUCUUCCCACAACACGGCAGGACUGCAGGGUGCACACCUUCCCCGCCAAGGAAAACCAUGCAGCCUUCCCCUCCCUGGGCUCCCCUACAGCUGUGUACAACGAAGGCAAAGAUGCUUAAUGUUGCUUUGAGUUCAAUAAAGUGUUAAAUUAUUAUUGUU